AUGAGUUGUGCCUUUAAUGCCUCACACUCUCCAGUCUUCCUGCUCCUCGGGUUCUCAAGGGCUAACAUCCCCCAUCAUCUCCUCUUUGUCCUGUUUCUGGCUAUUUACCUGAGCACCAUAUUGGGGAAUGUGACUUUGGUGCUACUCAUCUCCCGGGACUCUAGGCUCCACUCCCCCAUGUAUUAUCUCCUCCGUGGCCUCUCUGUGGUUGACUUGGGACUAUCCACAGUCACCCUGCCCCAGUUACUGGCCCAUCUGGGCUCUGAAUACCCAGCAAUUCCUGCUGCCCGUUGCUUGACUCAAUUCUUUUUCUUCUACGUGUUUGGAGUUACAGACACCCUUGUGAUUGCUGUCAUGGCUCUGGAUCGCUAUGUGGCCAUCUGUGACCCUCUGCACUAUGCUUUGGUGAUGAAUCGUCAGCUCUGUGCCCGUUUACUGGCCUUGAGCUGGGUGGUGUCCGUAGUGCACACCAUGCUGCAUGUGGGACUCCUCCUGCCCCUUUCUUGGACUGUGGAUGCUGGGGGCCAUGUUAGCCUUCCCCACUUCUUUUGUGACCACCGGCCACUUCUGCGAGCCUCUUGCUCUGACACUCAUUCCAAUGAGGUAGCCAUAUUUUUGGAGGGUGGAUUCCUUAUGCUGGGUCCCUGUGCGCUUAUUGUACUCUCCUAUGUCCGAAUUGGGACCACCAUCCUACGUUUGCCUUCAGCUGCUGGUCGCCGCCGAGCUGUCUCCACCUGUGGAUCCCACCUCACCAUGGUUGGUUUCCUCUAUGGCACCAUCAUUUGGGUCUACUUCCAACCUCCCUCCCAGAACUCUCGGGACCAGGACAUGGUGGCUGCGGUCAUGUACACUGCCAUUACCCCUUUGGCCAACCCCUUUGUGUAUAGCCUCCGUAAUAAGGAUGUUAAGGGUGCACUCUGCAGACUGCUUAAACCAGGGAGAGUCGACUCUUGA